CAGGGGCUUUCUAAUUCGGGUCAUUUCUCACACGGAUUCUCUAGAGUCAAUCUGUUUGGUCGAGCACAAGACCCAGCCAUGGCCGAUUCCCGUCUCAUUCACAACUCGUCUUCGUUUUCUGCCUUUGCUCAUCUUCUUGAUGCACGUAUCUUGCGUGCUCUCGCCGAUAUUGGUUUUUCUCGACCCACUCUCGUGCAAUGGAAGGCUAUUCCUAUUGCACUCGAAAACCGUGACAUGCUCGUGAGGGCCAAGACUGGAAGUGGAAAAACUGCAGCAUACUGUAUCCCCGUCGUGCAAAAGAUUCUUACCGCGAAAGAUAACUCGUCGGAAGUCGAUCCAACUUAUCAUACCACCCGUGCCUUGAUCCUUGUUCCCACACGUGAACUAUCCGAACAGGUCCUCACGUGUCUGCGCAGUGUCACCAAGUAUUGCGACAAAGAGAUUACGCUCUUGAACGCUGCCAGUGGUUUCGUAACGCAUCUGCAGCAUACGCUCUUGGCGGACAAACCUGACAUAUUAAUCGCAACACCGUCUCGUAUACUUGGGCUCCUUCAGUCCAAGGCCAUUGACCUGUCAUCACUCGAGACCCUCGUCAUUGAUGAAGCCGACCUUAUUUUGUCUUAUGGACACGACGAGGAUAUUCGGCAGAUAUUUGGUGGAACGUAUCUUCCCAAGGUCUAUCAGUCUUUCCUUAUGAGUGCAACCAUGACGGACGAUGUCGAGACUUUGAAAGGCUUGACAUUACGUAGUCCGGCUAUCCUCAAACUAGAAGAUGAUCAAGAUGAUGUUUCUGCUCUAACCCAGUAUUCAGUCCGCUGCUCUGAGGUUGACAAAUUCUUGCUUGUGUAUGUCAUACUCAAGCUCCGUCUCAUCAAAGGCAAAUGUAUCUUGUUCGUUAACGACGUCGAUCGCUGCUAUCGCCUCAAACUUUUCCUAGAACAGUUCUCCAUUAAAAGCUGCGUGUUGAACUCCGAAUUACCGCUCAAUUCUAGGUAUCAUACGGUCCAAGAAUUCAACAAGGGGGUAUAUGACUACAUUAUUGCCUCGGAUGAAAGCGGUGGGCAGCCGGAAUACGACACUGAAGAUGAAAACGUUGAGGAUGAUGAAGUGCAAGGCGAUGGUAAUCAGCCAGCUGAUUGCUCUUCACCAGGGGAACCUGGAGCGCCUGCCACAGCAAGUUCCUCAAAGAAGCGGCGAGGUUCUCCUCUUCCUGUAUCCAACUCUUCCAAGAAGCGCAAGUCCAAAAUACGUGCUAGUGAUAAGGAGUACGGGGUUACCCGCGGAAUUGACUUUGUGGAUGUCGCUUGUGUGCUAAAUUUCGAUCUUCCGACGUCAUAUCGUGCCUAUACGCACCGCGUCGGACGCACGGCACGCGCGGGCCACUCUGGAAUGGCCCUUUCUUUCAUUGUACCACAAUCAGAGUGGGGAAAGCACAAAGUGGUAGGUGGGGUUGAGAGCACGCGUGAGGAUGAACGAAUAUGGGAACGGAUCGAAAAGGGUGAAAAGGCGAAAGGGAGACAAAUACAGGAGUAUAAGUUCAACAUGGAUCAAGUGGAAGCCUUUAGGUAUCGUAUGGAUGACGCACUGCGGUCCGUGACGAAGAACGCGAUUAAGGAAGCAAGGAUAAAGGAGCUGAAAACAGAGCUACUCAACUCUGAGAAACUGAAGGCGCACUUUGAAGAUAACCCACUCGAUCUCGAGUACUUACGGCAUGAUAAGCCGUUGCAUCCCAUGCGGAUACAGUCACAUAUGAAACACGUGCCGAAAUACCUUCUCCCUCGUGUUGCUCCCAUCACGGACACUGAAGGUGAUACCUCCAAAACGCAGACUGAGUUUGUCCCGUUCAAAAAGAGAUUAGCAUCAGGCCGUGGAGGACGUAAAGGUGGAGGUAGAAGUAAAAGAAAGACAGAUCCUCUCAGAAAAUUCCGCUGAUAGCAAAGCUUCGUAUCGUCGACACAGGUAGAAAAUUACUAAAUACUACCAGGUAAUUGGUGUCCGUUCCUUGGGGCAUCUUCUCGUCCCUCGGCCCUCUACAUGCAAAAAUGGGGACAUCUCUUUCUCCAAUUUGCGGGAGGCUAAAACUUCAGGUUAUAUGUCAGCAUUAUAGUAUCUACGCCUGGCACCACUUCCGGAACGGUGUUCAAUGGAGAUGACUGUGCACAACUCAACUCCGUUGUCGGCCUCGGUUGAGUGUCAGUGUCAGUGGCUGUGCGGCAGCUGCAAUCUUGGGCACUAAUUUCAUCGGAAUACUCAGCUUCGUGUAAUGAG